AUGUCCUUGCCCAUCUCUGCCAUCCUAAAGGAUUUAGAAGAUGUACCUAAGUCCAUUAUUCCGAUAUUGGCUUCAUUACACCGUGACAGUGCUCGUUUGAGUCAGAUCUCUAAAGUGGAUGUGAAACACUUGACAAGCAGAACAUUGAACCUUUGCAAGUCCAAUAAACCUUACCAGGUAUGGUGUGGAGUAAACGUCAUCAAUGUUCUCAUUGAGAAUUCAGAUAUACUUGCCUCUUAUGGCUCGCAGUUCUUCUCCCAACUAUUGAAAGUUCUUCAAACCCACAAGUUUAACAGAAAAGUGCUUUACAAUGCAGUGGAAUGUUUGAACAAACUCUGUGGGAAAAUUAGAGGAAAGCCUACGCUCACAAGAGAAGUUUUGACACCUAACUUGACUGCAUUGAUGACUCUGUACUUGGAUAACCUUUCUGAUGAACCCGAAUUAAUGAGCACUUCGUUGCAGGUUUUGGUGCUGAAUCACCCAACGACGUCGCGGCCAUUUGCUAACAAAAUUAGGGCUAAAAUUCUUACAAUCAUUGCAGCUGACACAUUCUUGAGUUAUCCAGAUUCAGUUAGAUUGGCUGUGACGUCAACUUUGGCCACUUUGCCAAUUGUCGAGAAGGAUGGUCCAGAUCAAUAUUGGUUGAAGGAUGUGAACAGAAUCUUGAAUAACAUUGGAGGGACAAUGAGAAUUUUCGAAUCUUUGCUCGAUUUGAAGGAAGAUGCCGAUACUUCCAAGUUGCUUCAGCGCUUUAACUCGGAGGACGAAGAGAUUUUCGGAACUUUGAACAUUGAUGUUAAUCACCCAGAGUCCUUUCUUUCUAUAUCAUCUAGAAUUCAGCUCUUAUUGGAUAUCCUCCAGGCUUAUGUUACAACUGCCACGCAGUACACCAUCUCUGUCCCAAUUGGAAAGAUCGUGGGAAUCGCUGAACUUAUCAGUUCGGUGAAUACAAAAUUCAUCUCCUUCAAGAGAGAAAUCCGUGAUGUCGAGAUCAAAGAAAUGACAAAACUUGUUUUGAUUAGAUCGCAUCACGCAACUGUUAAAUUCUUGGGAUCCUUACCUAUGAAGUACUCCGGAACGAUUUUGCCACAUAUGACCAGCAUUAUUCUGUUCCUUGAGCAGAUAAUAUUUUUGGACGGUAAAAGACUUGAUCGUUCAAGAAUUCUUGAGGAAGAAGACUUUAUGUGUGAUCUUCUCUAUUGCGUUGCAGCAUAUUUACGCUUAGUGAACCAUUUCCAUGACCACUCGUUAUUCAUCAGAUACAUUGAACUCGCAAUUUUCCUUAUUGAAUCAAGAGAGGUAGUUAGUGCGCAACCAAAGGAGAACAUUAAACAGACCCAACAUUCUAAGGCCGCUAGAAAGAGAGCCAAAAAGAACAAUUCUACUUCGCUUGCGGACGUUUUGUCCCACGAACAUUUGUUCGUUCAAGCCGUUCCAAAAUCUACAAAGAGAUGUGUGUUUGAGUUCUUCAAUACUGUAAUCCCCAGAGUCACGAUUGCCCCCACUCAAUACAACAAAUUGAUCAAGGCUGUCUUGGUAGAAUCUGUCAAGUACAAGGACCAGCUAAUCAACGAGACAGUUCCUCAAGAAUUGAAGAACAUCUUAACCGCGUUAAUCUUGACUCCGGCACCCGAUUCUGCAUCAAUCUUGCCAAUUGCAAGCACACUUUUGUGGGACUCCCCGCUUGUGAGUGUGUUUGUCAACCCUAGAUUUCCUCAACUUCCUGUCAUUGUCAAAAACAUCGACGUUGAGCAAGAUGUUGAAGAGGAUGACGACGAAGAGGCCUCAGAGGUAGCGAUGGAGGAAUCUGUAGUGUCCGAUGAGCCACAAUCGAAAAAGAGGAGAUUAGAUGAAGAGUCUGAGACAGCAUCAGUUGAAUCGCUUCCAACCACAAGUAAGCCGGGCAGCAUUGUACAAGACCACAUUUUCUCCAGGAACUCGGUCAGGGAAACCUUCGACGAGGCUCUUAACCAAAGUGCCACAACAGAAGCAUCUGUUUUGGAACAGAAUGAAAUGCAAGAGCAACCUGAUGCGCAAGGAGAAACACAGCCUGCAGCAAUCGAAGACGAGUCUAUGGAUGAUGAUGGCUCAGAAAUUGAAAUUCCAGAUCUAGACUUGGAAGACGACUCUGACGAAAACUAA